AUGAUUCAAAAAUCAACUGCUGUGGGAGGAGAUGACUUGGAUGAUGGUUUGGAAUAUGAAAUACAAUACUCUGAUGGAGAAACUGAACAGCCGAAGGUAUUUUCGGAAGAUGAAGACAAAAUCACACCUUUAGAAAAUGACCAGAAGGUAGAAGUCCUCGAAAAUGAAGGAAAAAGAAAGAGAAACAAGCAAAAGCCUAGCUCUUUGCAAAACAAGAAGAAACAGAAAAUGGAAAUUGAUGUUGAAAAGAAAAGAACACUUUCCAAAGAAUCAUCUACAGAUUUAAUUGCAGACGAAAUCAACUCUAAAAUUCGUCGAAGAGAACCUGAUUUGUCAGCUUUAGAGUUAUCGGAACGAUACUUCAGUAAAUCGGAUUUUCGGUCUACAUCAGAUUUUAUUGAAGAACCAAGAAACCUCGAUAAUUUGGCGAAAUUUAUAAAUCUUAGGUUUAAGAAUAUGCUUGUACCAGAUAAGAAGAAGAAGAAAAAGUCAAACGAAAAAAGGCCAGACUCAGAGAAGGUUGUAAUUGAAUCUGAUCUGAAUGAGAGAAGAUUUAUAACAAUUCUUUCAAUGUCAGCCAUCAGAGUAUGCGAUACUUACCGUGUAACUCGUGAGCUUACUGGAUCAUCUAUCAAAUUGAUUAAUAAGAAUAAACUAUCUUCAGAUUUAUCUAUUUUAAAAGAUACAAAAGCUAGGAUAUUAUGCUCUACUCCAGGUAGACUAUCGAAAGUGCUCAACAGUGAAAAUCUGACAUUAAAAGGAAAUGAAAUAAAAAUCAUUAUUGUGGACAGUACUUACUUAGACAAAAAAUGUCAAAAUGUUUGGGAUUUAAAAGAAACUGCUGAUGUUUUGAAAAAUUUGACAAAAGGGGGCUCUAAGAUAUACUUAUAUUAG